UACACGCGAGGGCGCUCUUUCUCCAUGUACAACAGAGCCAAGUACUGCCCAACACAGAAGAGGGCGGAGUUGUCAUGUGUUUUGGCGCUGGCAUGAAAAAAGCAUGUCUGCGAUGCGUCGCCUAUGGCACAAGCAACACAAGUGGACUUGUACUGAAUAGUCAUGAUUGUAUUUAAAAACAUUAUCACGUUAGCGCAAUUUUCACGUCUAGACUGGUUCGUGUUGGUGCGUUAACUGUUCGUGCCAGCAGAACAAUAACAAAGGCCUCUCUGCUGUCUGUUGUACCAGCUGGCUAACAAGCUAAGUUAGCAUAUUUAAUAUGUUGUAGUUGUUUAACGCUUCGGUAUUUUAUCAUUUAUCUACAAUUUGUGAGUGAGACCAAACACUAAGCAAACGACACGAUUGUUUGCCAGCAGGAGAAUGUCACUCGUCGGAAAUAUUCUACAACCAGCGUUGUACUUUAGCCAAAGCCUGGGCUGUGUUUGUGUUGUGUCGAUAACGUGAAGUUAUGUGUUGCCAAUAUAUGAGCUGAAGCCUUCGGUUAUCACUUCUCGCUGCCCCGUCAGUAGGAGGAAUGAAUGGCAAAGUCAUACCUCAUACCCCACUUGCCGUGGACUUUUGGCAGGUGCGAAAGUGUGCGCACGUCCGCCUGUUCUUCCUGUCGCACAUGCACUCGGACCACACUUCUGGACUCACCUCCACCUGGGCCAACCGGCCCAUAUACUGCUCUCCCAUCACUGCGAAACUCCUCAAACUCAAGCUGCAGGUGAACGAUAAAUGGAUCCAUCCUCUGGAGCUUAGCAUUCCACACAAGUUGCCCCUUGACGACGUCGGGAAGGAGACGAUGACGGUGACUCUCAUAGACGCCAGCCACUGCCCCGGAGCAGUCAUGUUUCUCUUCGAAGGAUACUUCGGCAACAUCCUGUAUACUGGGGAUUUCCGCUACAACCCGCUCAUGUUCCGUGAGCCCUGUCUGAGCAACGACAUCACCAUAGACGUCCUGUACCUGGACAACACCAACUGCGACCCCACCCGCACCCUGCCCUCCCGAGCCGAGGCCACCAAGAAGGUCAAAGAGAUCAUCCGCUCGCACCCUGGACACCGGGUGGUUAUCGGCCUGUACUCGCUGGGUAAGGAGGAUCUUUUGGUGCAGCUGGCACUGGAGUUCAAGGCGUGGGUGGAGGUUCGUCCGGAGCGCAUGGAGACGGUGCAGGCUUUGAAGCUGCUGAACGUCUUCACCACGGAGCCCGGGGCCGGCCGCAUCCGCGUGGUCAACCAGGAUGAGAUCCGGCCCGCCAACCUGCACCAGUGGAACCGCGAGGAGCCAACGAUCGCCAUCCUGCCCACCAGCAGACCCAUGGUGUCGUGCCACCCGUGUCUGCACGUGGUGCCCUACUCGGACCACUCGUCCUAUCAGGAGCUGGAGGACUUCAUAUCUGCGCUGCAGCCCAUCAGCAUCCUGCCCAUCGUGGGCACCGCCCUUCCCUCCUUCUCUGCCGUUUUCAAUCCCCGCAAAAAGCGCCACAAGAUCGUGGUGCCUGACUCGGUGCAGCGCUCCAUGGCAGACAGGCUCCGGCAGGGGGCAGGAGGGGGAACAGGAGCCCAGGAUGGAGGAGACUUUACUCUGCUGAGGAGAGCGCCUCUACGGGGCCCCCGUGGCGUGGUGUUCGAAUCACCACCAAAGCCGCCGAGGCCCUCUGCGCUACAACGGAAAAACACAUCUUCAGCAACCUCAGAUGCGAGCAGCAACACUGACCCUGACCGUGACCCUGGCGUUGACUGGCGAACCUCUCCGGCGGCCGAGGAGGAGGUGGACAGCACGCUAAACGGCUCCAGCUGCAUCCUGCUGGACAUCGAGCAGGGCUCCAUCAUCGACCUGGAGAGCGAGGUGAGCGCGCGGUUUGGCGAUGCGCAGAGCGAGAUCGGAACGGCGUUGGCCGGCGCACGGAGCGACGCCAUUGUCAGCGAGGUCAGCAUGCGGUUGGGCGACGCGCAGAAUGACGUUAGCGUGAGAUUGGCUGACGUGAAGAGCCAGGCGAGCAUGCGAUUGGGCAGUGACAAGAGCGAGGCCAGCUUUCGAUUGGAUAGUGACAAUACCGAGGCAUGUAUGCGAUUGGCCAGUGAGAACAAGAAUGGACUGUGUCAGCAGCAGCAAUUGGCUGAGAAGGAGACGGAACUAACGCUUCAUGACGACGAGGAGGAAGGAGGAAGUGAAUCUAGCUUGAUAUUGGUCACGGACACGGAGGAGGACAGUAGCCAAUGCCUUGACCCUCCUGGCUCUUGUGAUUACCAACCUGCCCUCAGUCACAGCACGGCAACAGUACAGGAGGAGAGCUCUCCCUCAAACGUACCCAGGGCAACCCACCUGGACCAGGUCUCUUCUCUUGAGCACAUCAAUCUCCACGACAACACUUGCGUGGCAACAGCAGCCGUGACCCCGCGCGACCCCUCGAACCGGCCAUGUCAGAGUUGGCGCCAGAGCCAGGCGUCUACUGAGGACAUGGGGCAGGAAGAGCAGAGACUUCUGGGUAGCCUGGACUUCUCUGAGGAAGAGCUAGGUCGGGAAGGUCUAGGACUAGGUCGGGAGGGUCUAGGCCUAGGCCCGGAAGUUCUAGGGCUAGGUCGGGAAGGUCUAGGGCUAGGUCAGGUCUUCAGACUGUGCCCACUGAACGUCGGUCCGAAGAGGGUCAGCGACCCAUUUGAAGCAGCCAUAAAGCGAUUCAAAGCUGCUUUGGCAUAAGAAUCUAUGUGACCUUAUAUGAGGGAGGGGGUAACCUGAUUUUCAUCAUCUGGCUGCGGUUCAGCAACUACACGCGAGGGCGUUCCAUUCCCUGCUGCACCGGUAAACGGAACGGCAUACCAGAGGGCAAGAGUCCGGUUGGAGGGGGAGAGCCUUAAACAAAAACUGCUUUGGUAGAUCUUUCCGUUAAGACUAAGUCCACCCUACAUGUAGUAUUUUUAUGUAACACCACUUUUGUCUUGUUCAUAAAGUGUUAUGUUUGUGUUUUUGUAAAGUAUUUUAUUGUAUAAAGUUUACGAUUAUGAAUGUUGUUCGUGGACACAGAUGUGUGGGGACCCUUAGCUCUUAUUAACGAGGAAAGAUUCACUGUGAUGAUGAGAUGAUGUGAAUGCCUCACCUACUGUUUUCAGGCCAGACAGAAUGGUGCUGCUACCCGUUCCUGCACCAAUUACAUUUGGAACCAAAGAACCACCCACGUCGUUCAUAGCGGGCUGUUGUUUUUU